UAAAACGGCCCUGCGUGUACGUUUAAACAAAUAAUAGUUUGCCGUCUUAAUCACAUGUAUACCAAGCAUAAUACAACAAACACAUUUUAAUAAUAUAAUGUAUGCCUCAACAUCAUACGUAAUCUAUUUAUUAUUAUUUCGUCAGAAUUUAAUUCUUAUCCCAAUCGAGCAUGAAUGUUCUUGACAGAAAUCUGCUUUUAGAAUAGAUACAUAGUUGAUGCGAAGGUUGCAAAGAAAAAGAGGGCUAAGCGAGGAAAAGAGACGGAAAAUGUAGUCGACUAGCUCCGUUUAUGCGAUCCUGUAAUCUUUCAACUGUUGAUGAAUGUAGAACUGUUGUAUACUUGAAUAGCGGCGUGGAUCUACGACAUAGAAAGAGGGAACAACAGUUGAGGUUAUGAACAAAGAACGAAAGAUCGAGAAAGUGAGAAAGGGAGAUCGCGAGAUUGCUAUACUCCGGUUAUACGUUCCUGUUGGAUUUGCUCCGAGGUUAAUGGGAAUACAGAACGAUGGUAGAGGUUAUUUCACUUUGAGCGAGAGAGGUAUAUCAUGAAACCUGCCCUCUUGACUCAUCGCACUCCACUGGCGCCGCUGUGGCGACAUACAUAGUACGCGUCAUAGUUCCACGAGCGCUGCUACGGUAAUAUCGCGUGUACAGUUCUCGUUGUAAAUUGUAAUAUAUCGUUCUUUCACGGGUAUCAAAUGGAAGAAAGAGAGGUUUAUAGUGCAGAGUUGAUAAAUAGUGACACUGACGAUGAAUUCCAGUUUGAACUGUACAGAGACAAUUUGGUUGACACUAUCAUAGAGGGCAGUGGAAGUAAUUACGAGCUUGGGAGCAGCAGCGAAGAGAGCUACACACCGGUAUUGAAAAAACAGAGGAGACGAGUUGUCGAGAGCGAUGACAACGACAACGGAAGUACAUCUGGAGAAGAAGACGAAGACGAUGCAUGGUACGAUGUCACGGAGAACGAAAAUAUUUCGCACAGAAUCAACUUCACGGUGGCUCCAAAAACCGUAGGGCCACAAGUAUCCUCGAACGUCGUGGAACCCACGCAUUUCUUCAAAUUAUUUUUCACCGAACAGCUGGUGGAUGAAAUCAUAAACGAGACGAAUAAUUACGCGAAGACUAUGCUGCAGUCGAAAAAAAUAACGGCAAAUUCUAUUUGGAAGACGUGGCGCGACGUGGAACGAAACGAAUUCUGGGCCUUCGUCGCGGUCGUUUUAAAUAUGGGUACGAUGCCGGUGGCAAACAUACAGGAGUACUGGUCCACGAAAGACAACAGUAGAAUUCCUUUCUUCUCGAGCAUAUUUAAACGCUACAGGUUCAAUCAAAUAUUUUGGAUGCUGCAUUUGAAAACCCCCGCCGCCGCCGCGAAAUCGCGUUUACAACGGGCGAGCAAUUUUUUGGAGUACAUAGAUUCGAAAUUUUCGGAGCACUUUAUACCCGGUGUAAAUAUCUGCGUGUACGAGUCCAUACUGAAAUUCAAAGGAAGAGUCAGUUUCAUCACAUCCAAUCCUAACAGACCCACGAAGCGGGGCAUACGAAUUUACGUAUUAGCAGACUCCCAAACAGGAUACGUGUACGGUAUACUUCCAUACUACGGGAGUAUUACUUUGGAAAAUCUUAUCAGACCGGAUUUAUCAAUUAACUGCAGAGUUCCGUUACAUCUGUAUCAGAAAUUGCUGAAUCAAAUUCCCACCGCGGAAGGUUAUCAUAUGUACACCGAUAAAGAUUACACGAGCAUAUCCUUGGCCGAGGAAUUAAUGAAACUGAAGUGCCACUUGACCGGUACUAUAAAAACCAACAGGAAAGGCGUUCCGAUUUCUAUAAAGAAGCCGAAAUUCUCGAACAAAAACACCGUCGCGUAUAGGAAAGAGAAUACGAUGAUCUUAGCGUGGAAAGACAAAGGGAUCGUAAACGUAUUGAGUACAGGGAGUCACGCAGGAAUGACAUCGACGAGGAAAACUGUGCGGGACGGUGCAGAUGUAAUAAUCAAGAAGCCCGACGUAGUUCUCAAUUACACCGCCUCCGUGGCUGGCGUUGAUUACGUUAACCAAUAUGCGUCGACUUACUGCUUUCUGAGAAAGUCCCUCAAGUGGUGGAGGAAGCUGUUCUUCUGGGGUAUGGAGAUAUGCGCCAUAAACGCGUACAUUUUAUACAAAACCGUGAAAAAAGCGAACAAUCAAAAACCGAUGACGCAUCUGAAGUUUGUGAAACUGUUGGUCGAUCAACUGCGUGGCAAUUUUCGCCAGGAGCGUGGGAGGGACUUCAGCGCCCCUGCCGAAAACAGAUUGAACGGGAAACUCCACGUGAUGCGAAAAGGGACUAAAAGGGACUGCGUGGUAUGUUCGAAGAGACAACAAAAGUCUGGACGACGCGAAACGAUUGAUUACUGCGACACUUGCCGAAACAAACCCAGGAUGCACAUGGGAGAUUGUUUUUAUAGAUAUCAUACCAUGCAAGAUUACAAGGUGUAAGAUUUGUGAUAAUUGGACUGCAGGUGUUUGUGCAUUCAUGGCGAAUGAAAGUAUGAGGAAAUCUAUGGAAAUCCGCACGAGUCCAAAAAUAUGUAAUAUUAAUGUCGAUAGUAUUGCUUAGAAGAUAAGAGGAUUAGAUUCAAUUUCUGUAUUUAUAUAAAUAUGAAUUUGUAUAAAUAUCCACAGUCCAGCGAUAACUAAGUAAACUAUUGGGCUGUCUGGAAAGUUCAUGCCGAUUUUUAGUAGCCGGUACAGGUCUGUAUACAGGGUGUCCCAAAAGUCGGGGAGGAGCCGGAAAUG